AUGAACUGGAUCACCGCAAUUUUGGGGAAGUCGGUGUGCAAAACUCUUUCACAGUCACAGCGAGGAGGAGUGGAACUCCGAUAUAUGAAUUGCAGCCAGCACUUAAAUCGCGAUGAAGUACAUGUCAAAAGAGUUGCCGCAGUACGCUUUCUGGCUCUGGAGGAAUUAGAUCAGGAUUCUGUCUUUGAUACUGUUGUCUCUUAA